ACGAGCAGCAGCACUAUGGAACAGGAUACUGCAGCAGGUCCUGCCAAGAAGAGCGGCACCACCCUCUCCGUGGACCGGGCCGCCUUUCUCCUGCUGCGCGUUAGGAAAGUGUUCAAGAAGAAGCGACAGCAGCGCAAGGAGCGACAAGCCCAGCAGAGUGGCGCCGCCGCGGGUGGAGCAGGUGGAGUGGGUGGUGCCGGCGGCGGUGGUUCCGGGUCACAAUCGCGACCGGGCAGCCGCAAGCUGCCGCCGCCAUUGUUGCGGUCGCGCACACUGCCCGCCAUCAUUGUGCCAGGACUUCCGGUCGUCUCGCUGCACACGGACAAACAAACAUUUCAAUUGGACGAGCGUUUGCUGGGCAGCAAAAGCCGCAGCGGCAGUGCCAGCGGUCAUCGAUGGUCGUUGCUCACACGUGCCACCAACAACAUCACAAGCAGCAGCAGCAACAGCAGCAACAACAACCCGGCCAGCAGCAACAACAACAACAACACCCAUUUGGCCAACAACAACAACACGCUGAUGGUGAAAUCAUUGAAUUUGCCCAAAGACGAUAGCAAUUUGGUCUAUCGGCGAAAGUCCUCGGGCAGCACACCGCACCACCAUCAGAGCUCGCACCACCACCACCAGCACCACCAGCAGCAGUUGCACCAACAGCAGCAACAUCAGCAGCAGCUGCAGCAACAGCACGCCCACCUGCAGCAUCUGCAACAUCUGGGGGACAGCUCUUUGUUCCAACUAUCCGAUGACUUCGAGUGCCACGCGGACGGAUCCCUUUUGCUCAGAAUUCCUUCUCCUCAUGUGGUGGCAGCGCGUGCCUAUCGCCUGGCGGCCCGAAAGAGAGCGGCCGCCUCCUCGGAGGCCUCAACCCCAAUGUCCCGGGAGCACACUCUGCAUGAGAUGCCGCUGGCGGAGACAGCCAGCUCGGGAUCGGGAUCGGGGUCCGGAUCCGGGUCUGGAUCGAGCACGACCUUCACGCGCCUGGCCAAAUUGCUGCAUCAAUCAAGCGGCCUGACAGGCAGGUCCAAUCUGCAGCCACCGCCGCCUGGCGACAAUGCGGUCCAGAGCCUGGGACGAGGACUCGGCCUGGGGCUCGGCGAGGAGGCGCCACGGCGUCUGUCCUGGGAGAGGCGCAAGGACAGCAGUGCACUUCAGCGCUCGGCCAGCAUCGACUCCUUUGCCGAGAUUGUGUUUAGCGAGUCGCCGCGCUCCUCGCUGGCAGUCACGGCGCCAGGAGCCGCCUCCACCUCGGGAGGACCCUCGCCAUUCAGCAAACGUCCUUCGGCCAGCAGCCUGUACUCCACCUCGUCGUCCUGCUCCUUCGUCUCGCAGGCGCAGGCCCAGCUGAAUGUCAAUUACGGUGACUCGGCAGCCGGUUCCGGAACAGCGGGUGGACCGGGCGGACCAGGUCACCAUGGGGCGUCAGGUGGCAACGGGGCAAGCAGUGCCAGCAGCAGCCGGCGCGAAAGCAUGCUGAGCCCCUCUUCCACACGCCGCUCCAAGCUGACCAGAAUCAUAAACGCUCUUUUCUCAGCAGUGGAACAUGGUCAUUUGGAAAAGGCGCGCACUAUUCUAGAGUCAACGGACGUGGAUGUAAACAGCAUCAAUAACGACGGACUGUCUGCACUGGAUUUGGCCGUUCUAAGCAAUAAUCGCUCCAUGACCAGAAUGUUGCUCCAACAUGGCGCCAUGGAGGGCUCGCAGUUUUCCGUGGACACCAUCGGCACCAAACUAAAUGGUUUGCUCAAGGAUGCCGAGUCGCGGAUUCACGACUUAAGCGGACCGGAGGGUCUGUGCCCACCCAUCUUUGCAUCGCGUCCCUCCAUCUCGAGUAUUAUUAUUGGCAAUUCAAGCGCCUCGGUUACCGGAUGCACGGGCAGCGAAGUUGAGAAACAAAUCGGAAUCUGGGAACGCCGGGUGAAGGGACUCCGCCGCCUGCAGCUCGGUUGGGAUCAGGCCAGGCCACCAGAUGCGCCCGCUUCCGUGGUCGUGGAUGUCACCGGCGACAAUUCUAUUAGCGUCCAAAUCCUAGAGCCAUUUGAAGGGGCCAUCGGCACGAAAUUCAGAGUUCAAUGGUCAACCCGCGCGGAUUUUAACAAUGUUGUGGGCGAAAGUGAGCUGCUGGAGUGGAUUAGCUUUCAUGGAACGAUGGGCGCCCAAUGCCACAUAUCGGGACUUACCCAAGGUCGUCGGUAUUUCCUGCGAGCCUCAUGUGGAAACGUCAAGGGAUGGGGUGCAUAUAGAACCUCGGUGCCCGCCAGCGUAGUUCCCUCAACUUGGCGGGACUUGGAGAAUCGGGAGGAUCGAUUUGUGGGCCGCCAUCGUAUCCUGGACAAUCUGUUCACCGCCGUGCGUUUGGCUAGACCUGCCGAUGUCUCCGAACUGACCUUGGAUCCCGCGAGCGCCCAGCGGCGCAAUCCCAAAAAGAAGACUACCAUUAAGCAGCUAUUCUCGGUGACCUCCAAGUUUCAAAAGACUCUGAGACGCGGCAUUUACUUCUCUUGCAUUGUCCACUGCGAUGAUAAAGUGCUGGUCACGAGCGAGGACUUUCCUCCGGUCAUCGAGGUGGAUGAAACCUAUCCGAGUGCUCUGCACAUGGACUACUACUGGUUGAUGAAGGUGGCCUGCACCUGGGAGGACGUGAGAUCACUGCGUUCGGAUAUGGAGCGCAACCUCACAUCCGCCGUUCAUUUCCGCACCAAGCUUCUUUCGGCCGUCUGUCAGAUGCAAUCGGCAUUGGGGAUCACGGAUUUGGGUCAGCUGUACUAUAAGCCACUAAAAGAUGCCCAGGGAACUGUUGUGCUGACCUGUGUGCAGUCCGUAAAGAGCCAGAAGGCCGUUUCCAUUCUAAACUCGCGAUGGUUGCCAGUCAGUAAAUUGCAGAAGAAACUGGGAGCUCUGCAUGAGGAUUACACCAUCAACGAGCAGCUCAUCUCCUCGAUUGGCGAUCAAUUGCACUACCAACAGGCGGCACUACAGCGCUUGGAACCGGGAUUAUAUUUGGGAUACCUGAAGAUGCAGGCCUCCAUGGACCAAAUCCAGGUGGUGGUGCCCGUGAAAACGCCGAAUGUCUUGCCCCACUGCAAAGUGCGUGAAAACAGCCACAUCACGGCAGAGGAAUGGCAGGUUCUGCACCGUUGCAGCAGCGAUCCUCUUCGCCUGCCGCUGGACUUCAGCUCUCAGGGCGGGGAUUCCGCUUCCGGAGGAGCAGCCACCACCGAGGUUCAGCGACUGUUCCUGUACGAUCUCACCAACGCAAUGCACAAGCUCUUCGCCAGCAUGAACAUCAAGGGACCGGAUGCAACCACUCACCGUCUGUAUGAUGUGGAGGUGAUCGAGCACAGUCCGGACAUUAGUUUCCUAGUGGUCUGUCCAUCCGCGGAGUCAUCGUGUGCCGUGCCCGGCCAGUCGGAGUUGCUGCUGCAGAGAGACGAUCUGGCCAGCCUGAGCAUCCAGGCAUUUGAGAUGAUUCACCUGCGAACCUAUCAGCCGGCAAUCAUCCAGAAGUACGCCCGCCUAUCCUGCAUCCUCGAAUUGGACACUGCUUUGGCCACGCAUUCAUUAAGAGAGGCCUUCUCGAGCAGUGAACUCCAGGUGGCCAAGGACCGUUUGGCCACGCUACAGGAGCUCAGUUCGAGUCUGACGAUCGUGUGGAAGAGCGUCCGCUGGCUAAUGGACGUGGUGGCGUAUGCUCGAAACAAAAACGCACAACCUUCGCUGGCGAUGCGAGAAAUUCUGGACUUCUCCCAACAGAGACAAGAAGAAUCCGGAGCAGCGUCGGCGGCAGGUUCUGCCAGCAAACAACUGCUGCAGCUCCCCAUCCGCGAGAGCAAGUUCUCGAAGACGGGACAGGGAAGAGGCAGUUGGCCAGGUCCGGGAACCAGCGAAGAUCCGGCACAGGGCAAGCCGGAGCACUCGAAAUCGGAGCAGAAUCUGGAGUUCAGUGCUAUUACGCCAAUGGAACCUGCCACCAAACCAGUUCCUACACAGCAGCAAACCCAGCAGCAAUUGCAACAGCAGCAGCAACUCCAGCAGCAACAGCAACUUCUGCAAGUUUCCACCACCAGCGAAUAUGCCGGCUCCAUUUGCUCGGAAGUCUCGUUCAGGAAGAACAGUGGCGACUCCAUGAGCUCCAACUACACAUCUCGCAGCUUCUACUCCGCCGUGGAUUCAGCCUCCGAUGGAAACAGCACAAGCAGCGUGUUUGCAAUCCCGCCUUCACGUUCCGAUGACACUUUGGCGGAUGCACUGCGUCACUCGCAGGCGGUGGCUGCCCAGCGCAAGCGAACGAGCUCGAAUAUUGGUUCCCACACCAAUCCCUUGAUCACGGUGCACAGCUCAAGCUCUGCUCCUUAUCUGACUGGAUCGAGUGUUUCCUUGAGGAGCGGUAAUGGAGCCUUCGCCACGGACUUGGAGCACAAGCCGCUGAAGCCAUCGGCAAAGGCAGCUUCCAGUGCCAACCUACGAGAGGGUGGACCUUUCUUGAAAAGCACUCUAGCUGAGCUGAGAGCUGUGGGUGGCGAGGAGCCGGUGGCCAGUACCUCGAAGGCAUCCUCCAUGAAGAGCUUGUCGCGGCAGAGCAGCGAAGAAGACUCCGCCAGCUGUUCCAGCCUCAAUGCAGAACAGACACCGGGGAUUAUUCAGGUGUACACCGCCUACAACACGGGAUUGGCAAGUGGAACCAGCCUGAAGCUUCACGUCACUCCAAAGACGACCGCCCGCGAAGUGAUCAACCUGGUGGUGAAGCAGCUCAACAUGGCCGUUGUGCUCAAGGGAAACAAUGGACCCAUCUACGGACCUGAGGUGCUGGAGAACUUUUGCCUGGUGGCGGUUAUUGGAGCACGGGAACGCUGCCUGCGAGAUGACUUUAAGCCCCUACAGUUGCAGAAUCCCUGGAAGAAGGGACGACUGUAUGUCCGGAAGAAACACGAACUUCUAGCCGCAAUAGAACACUCCAACCGGAAGUCCCACUUGAUUUGAAUAUUCGGAAUCAAAUCAAACUUAAGCUGGGGAUGUAACGAAGGUGUGAAGCACUUGAUAAGGUCAUGGGUAGCAUAGAGAUCUCUAGAGAUUUAAAAACUUAAGAUUUAGGUGGCCGAAAGUAGGCCUUUGUUUGUACACAAUUUGUUUUUAAAGCUUUCGAGAUUUACCUGACAUCCCACAUUUCGCUAUCCUUCGUUCCAAGUCUUGUAAAUUUUGAUGUGUUUCAGAUUUUGGAUAUUUCCAUUCACAAUUCCUAACCACUCCCCCCACCCCCCACCAGCGCAAAGAUCGUUGACCAACUCCCGAAUUAGACUGAAUUACUUAUGUAUGCUGCAACGGCAAACUGAUGAAAUUGUAUUUGAAAUGGUAUUAUAUUUUGAGUAGUUAUUAAUUCAACAUUACCCAACCAAACACAAAAACAACCACACACACACACGAAUCGGACUAAACAAAAACAGAUUGUUGUUAGUUGUUCUAGAGUAAAGAAGGUUACGCUCGUACAUAUGUAGUAUGUAUGUUAUAUAAAUAUUAUGCGUGCAUCAAUGUAUUUUAUUGUAUGUAUUUUGUAGUUUAGUAAACAAAUGUUUUGAUUGUAUUUUUGUGGCAUUUUUAGGGGCACAUUUUUUGAUCUAAAUGUUAAUUCGGUAAAUACGGAACACAAAAGCCAAACCAAACCGGCGACGAAACUCAAAGAACAGAUGUCAAUAUGCAUUUUAAGUGUCACUCUUGAUGUCUUUGAUGUGUGUGUGUUCUUGAAAAUUGCAAUUCCAUUGGAUUUAACCAAUACGUUAGCUGUAAUUAAUUGCUUAGUAUGUAAACAAUGAAAAUCACCACAAAAAAAAUGAUAACAAAAAUUGAAAAUAUUUUUUAAAAAUAUAUUGGCACAACUGAAUGUUGAAAAAAAUAAUAGGCAACUGCAAAUUGAAAUUAAAAUGAUUGUAUUAUUAAACGUAGCAAUGUGAACUCCAAGUCCGGACCCUAUCAACUCUACUCAGCAAUUGGCUCGACGAGCUCCCAAAUACUUGAUAGUCCCAUUUCCGCAAUCUACUCAACUGUUGGCCCACUUAGAAACCAUACUAUUAACAAGGCUAUCUCAAUGUGCAGAGCCGUAUGUGUCUAUUAAUAACUACUCUACUCUGUACUCUCUCAAUAGGAAAUACGAUAAGUAAAUUAUAGGAAAUUCUCGAAAUACGCGUAUUUGUUGUGAACCGGUAGACAAAGAAACAGUUUUCAUUGUCAAGCUCAUGAUGUCCCAAUUAGUUUAUUUCCAUUGGACGACAAGACGAAUUUAGAUUGGAGUGGCAGGUCGGGUAAAGAAAACAUUUUUGAAUCUUAUGAGAAACUAGACGAGAACACUUACUUUAAAAGAAUGUGCAACACAGAGUCCAUAAUAGAGAUAUCGAACUAUUUAAGAUGUCUACGACCAACAAAAACGAUUUUUGUACGUUUACUCUUGUUUUUGAGAUGGCGAAACAGACGAUUUUGAUACAUUUUUUACUCUAUGGUUUACCAGUCCUAGGGCUCGACGAACAGCAACGAAUGUAGCUAAGUUUUGACCAAAGAAGAUCAAUACCCAAACCCUUUUGCGUUCACCGCCCGGUUUCAGAAUUGUCUUACAGCCAACAAUCGCCUCGAUUCGAAUGGUCCCCAAAAAAUGGUCGAACGAACAACGAAUGUAAACAAGUUCCAAACUGAGUGGCCAGUUGUUUCAGUUUGUUAUUUCGGAAUGCCAAUUAAACGAUUUCAAUUGUCAGACACAGCGUCCGUCCCCAGUAGGAAAAAAAGAGCGUUUGGUUUUCGAAUGGAGCGAAAUUAUACAGAGUAUUAUUUUGAAUUGCGAUCCAGUGAGAUUAGUUUUUACGAUGCAAUCUAAUUGUAGUUAUAGCUAAUUGUUAAUGGCCUACAAAAAUGCGAAAUGUAAAUGUAACCAAAAGCAUUGAACGAUAAAUGUUGUAGUCUUUCCGCAUACAUGAACAUGAAAAACACAUCAACGCAGACAAUUCCUGUAAUUAGAUAUAUAGAAGAUGAAACUUAUCAAGUAUAAACUCAGCCCAAUGUCAGUGCAUUCAUUAUCGACUACCUGAGUACGUUUAUCGGUGUGUUAAUGGCCUAUACAAAUAUACAAAACACUCCAAAUAGGGAGCGUUGGUAAGGAUAAUGUGAGUACGAAGCAUUCAAAGAAUAUUCAAUUAACCUAAUAAAGACUCAACAAUUGUUAUGGUGUAA